UCCGGUGAUAUACCGCCUUUGACUUACUAAAUUAUUUCAAGCGCCUUCAACCUCAACCUUAUUUCUCGAAUCAACUCCUAGGUCUAAAUUAUCAAUUUUCCAAUUCAAUUUAAGCGUUGUAUAAUUGUAGCUUCGAAAUUAAACGAUGUCGGAGAAGUUCUCGCCGACGCUCAGGAUCGGAGAUCUCAGCGAUUUCAUAGCACCGUCUCAAGCCUGCGUCGUUUCUCUCAAAGCAACCCCUAAGAAACCUGAAACUCAGGUUUUAGCUGCUAAGAGUCAGCAAAUUGAACCAGUAAAGAUUUCACUCAAGGACUGCUUGGCAUGUAGUGGGUGCAUAACCUCUGCAGAGACAGUGAUGCUUAUGAAGCAAAGCUUAGAUGAAUUCCUUUCCAGUAUUAAUAAAGGGAAAGCUGUAAUCGUAUCCCUUUCUCCACAGUCAAGGGCCUCCCUUGCUGCUCACUUCGGCAUCCCUCCACUGAAGGUUCUCGAGAAACUCACAACCUUUUUAAAGUCCUUAGGAGUAAAAGCUGUUUUUGAUAUUUGUUGUAUUAGAGACUUAACAUUAAUUGAAACUUGUCAUGAGUUCAUUGCUCGAUAUAAACAAAGCCAAGCAAAUAUUGACGAGAAAAGCAAAUCCUCACUCCCAAUGCUGUCCUCAUCAUGUCCAGGUUGGAUAUGCUAUGCUGAAAAACAGCUUGGAUCAUAUAUUUUGCCAUACAUAUCCUCAGUAAAAAGUCCUCAGCAGUCGAUGGGAGCUGCUCUUAAGCAUCAUAUAUGUCAGACAAUGGGUUUCAGGCCGGAGGAGAUAUACCAUGUAACGGUGAUGCCAUGUUAUGAUAAGAAGCUUGAGGCUUCCAGGGAGGAUUUUGUUUUUCAAGUGGAAUCUAAUGAUGGAUUCCACGCUGAUGAAGAUCUUUGUAUCCCAGAAGUUGACUCUGUCUUGACCUCUGGGGAAGUAUUAGAUUUGAUACAGUUGAAAGAAGUUGAUUUUAAAGCCUUGGAAGAGUCCCCUCUUGAUACACUGUUGACAAAUUUUGAUGAGCAAGGACAUCUUUAUGGUGUCUCAGGAAGCUCUGGAGGUUAUGCUGAAACUGUCUUCCGCUAUGCUGCAAAAGUUCUCUUUGGAAGAGAAAUUGAUGGGCCAUUGGACUUCAGAACUAUAAGGAAUUCUGAUUUCCGUGAAUUGAGGCUAGAAGUGGAGGGGAAAACUGUGAUGAAAUUCUCCUUAUGUUAUGGCUUCCAAAACCUGCAAAAUAUCGUGAGGAAAGUUAAAACACGGAAAUGUGAUUAUCAGUAUGUGGAGGUUAUGGCAUGCCCUUCAGGUUGCUUGAAUGGUGGAGGGCAAAUCAAGCCAAAGCCAGGACAAUCUCCAAAGGAGUUAAUCAAAUCACUAGAAACUGUUUACAUGGAAAAUGUCCUGGAAGCUGAUCCUUUCAAGAACCCUUUGGUGGAACGGUUGUAUGAUGAGUGGCUUGAGCACCCGGGUUCAGAAAAAGCUAAAAGGCACAUGCACACGGGAUACCACCCUGUUGUAAAAAGUAUAACUGCUCAGUUGCACAAUUGGUAAACACUUUUUAACAUCUGGUCCUGUAGAACAUGGGAACUUUCCCUCUGUUGUCUCUCCUUGCGUGCAUUUCAUUUUCGGCAGCUGUGGCACAACGUUGCCUGAUCGUUUGAUCCUUCUCUGUAUUUGCAUUUGCAAUUGCAAGGAGACCAAUUUUGAUAAGGAGAUAUUUUGUUUGGAAGAAAAUUAUUUGCUAUCACAUCUUUCUUUUU